AUGGAUAACCUUCUUGAUUGUAUAUUCUAUUUAAAUAACUAUUUAGCUCAAAAAAUUGAAGCCAUGAUUAAUAAUCGAAUGAAAGAUAUAUUCUAACAUAAUUCAUCAAAUAAAGAAAUCUUUAAUCUAUUAUCAGAGCAAUAAUAAGAAAUUUCAUAAGUUAUUUUAGUUGAUGAUCCUAUUUAUUAAAAUUCACAUUAUUAUUACCCAAUCAAAUCUGGGAACAUUACUGUAUUAAGAAGAUAUGGAGAUUUUUAAUUACUCUCAGAAUAUUUAUUUAAAAAUAAUCCUGAAAUUAUAUAAAAAUCAUUACCUCCUAAGGAAUCUGGAUAUAAUUAUUUAAGGAGUUAUGUUUAAGAGAAUAGAUAGAUUUUGAAUGAAAGAAAGGAGAAAUUUUAAAUUUACCUUAAUGAUAUUAAAAAGUAAUUACCUAAAAAUGAUAUUUUUAUUAAAUUUCUUGGAGAAUAAGAAUAUUUUAUUCAAAUAAUGUAAAAUGUUGAUCCACAAUUAAUUCUUGAAUAAGGAUAUUUAUAAAAAAUUAAGAAAUUAUAUGAAUCAUCUUGGUUGAUAUCACAUAAUAAAGAUGAAUAAUUAAAAGAGUUUUGGUAAUUAUUAUAAACCAAGAUUAUGCAUUUAGAUUAAAUGUAAUAAAUCAUAUUAAUUAUUUUAGUUAAACUUUUUUAGUUAUUUUAUAUUUAAAUUUACAACACAAAACAAAAUCAUCAUAAGUAUCUCUUUAGAACAAAGAAAUUUAAGAUUUAAUUAAUAAUAUUAUUGAAAAUGAAUAACUCUAUUAAAAUGACAUAAUUGUUAAUAAAAUAGAAAGAUUAACUAAAAAAAUUAGUGAAAUUGUAGAACUAUUCCCUAAUGUAAGAUAGGAUAAAUAAUAAUUUGAAUCUUAUGAUAAUCUAUUAGAAGAAUGCAAUAAGUUGAUAAAAAAUAUACUUAAAGAAAUUUUACAAUGA